AUGAGCGGCGUUAGGUGGAGGGAGGCUAGAAUUAGAUGGAUUUGUGGCGCCGCCUCCUCAGCUUUUGGAUGCACCUCAUCCUUGACUGAGGUGAGACAACAUUUAUUCCUCUCACCUAGUUAAUCUUGAAAUAUAUGGUUGUUAACUUGGGAUCUCCUUUAAUAAUAAUAAUAAUGAUAAUGUCCUGUGAUAUUUAAAUAACAGGAAAUAAUAGUAAAGUUUGACCAUUUAAGGCAGAAAUGUUUAUGAAAUUAACUUCCAAGCUAAUUUUAAUAAACUUUCAAAAGUAUUUAUUUAUUUAUUUAUUUAUUAUUCUCAUUAUUAUUAUUAUUUGCUUCCCAUGAGGCCUCUGGAAGCGAUUUGCAAUGUACAGUAAUGACGUAUGUAGAAGUUAUGUAUAUAGAAACCGCAUCUUCAUAUAAAAACAAUUUUAGGGACAACAGCAGCAAAUCUAGAAACAGUUUAAAAGAACGCAUACUAACUGAGAAAUAUUUUAAAAGGCUUUUUGAAAGAGGACUGAAAUUAUUUUUAUGUUGGGUUAUAUUCCAUUUUUGCUUGACUCAGAGUAGACCUAUUGAAAUCAAUAAACAUGGGUAACAUUAAGUCCAUUAAAUUCAGUGAACCUACUCUGAGUAGUCCUGAGUAGGAUUAACAUUGGAUAUGAUCUAUAAUUUUUUGUGUGUGUGUGUACAUACAGUACUUUUUUGAUUAAAAAUAAAAUGUGCUGGUACUUGUAUCUUAGUACAAGAUACAGCACAAAAUGGUUGACAUGGGCAGUGGAAAAAGAGGUGGUUGCACCAGUGAAUACAUCCACACACACUGUUAUUAUUUCAGGCUACAGAACACAUUGUAUACAUUUAUCAUAUUUUUGUUUGGCUCACCUCUUGAUCUGGGUGCCUAACACUGAACAACAGACCACGAUUUGGCAUAAUGUGUUGGGUGCUUCCUAUUAUCUUCUUGAGUUAGAAUUCCACACCACCUUAUUUCUCUUUCUUUCUUUCUUUCUUUCUCUCUCACCCACCCACCCACCAAUCAGGCAAUAACAAAGAACCCACCCACAUUAUAUGCCAGGGAUAGAGAACCCUCCACUCAUAAUCACUGAGGGACUACUACAACUCCCAUAAUCCAUGACUGUUGGUCAUACUGGUUGGAAUUAUAGUCAAACCCCAUUGCUGUAAUAACUGUGUUUUAAGGGCAUGUGUUCGUGUGUGCUGGUCUGGCCUUGCCCAAUGGAAUAUGCCUUCCCAGUGUGCUUCUUAGCCUAAAAAUUUCCCCAUUCCUGAUUUAAAUUAUCAUUUAACCAGAAUGAAAGUACUGUAAUGGAAACAUUCAAGUGAACUAUCUGUUUUAAGUAUUAGAUUAUCUAUUAAUUGUUGUAAUAAAUGACAUUUGUUUUGAAUUAUGGAAAUGUUUGAUAAAUUCUGCUCUUAAGUUUAGUAAUACUAAAUAAUGUAAAUCAACUCUGAUGAUUUAUAAUUUCCUGAGAUUGGAGGACAAUUACUUUUGCAUUCCAGUACAUUAGGUGCAGUAAAGUAGAUACAGUCAUUAAUUACCUUGGGUGCCAAUUCAUUAGAUAAGGAACUGUUUGCUUAUCUGCUAAAUCAGUAUUCGUGAUAAUGAAUUUAUUGUCAUUAAAUUCUAUGAUUUCCCAUGUACUUAAAUAUGCUCUUACCUAUUGACAGCAUUUCUGGAGGUGAGCAAUAGCCCCAAGGCUUCAUUUUGCUUCUCUGCCGCCACUUAACAGACUGCGUUGUUAGAUCACUUUCCCAAUAGCAGGGAUGGGGACAUGUGACCCUCCAAAUGUUGUUGGCCUGCAACUCCCAUCAGACCCAGCCAGCAUGGCCAACGGCCAGAGAUGUUGAGAGGUAUAGUCCAACAACUUAUGGAGGCGCACAUUCCCUACCCCUGACAAGUAACUCAUGAUCUGCUGUCAUCUUGUCCAGGAGAGGCUAGUCCAAUACAUGCAUUACAUGCCUGCAGGAAUGCAUUCACACAACAAUUUAUUCCAUUUUUCCGAAAAGGCCUGUUCUCAUGUUGCCACCCUCCGGAGAGGGUCAGGACUAGCCUCUCCUGGACAAGAUGACAUGUAUUGGACUAGCCUCUCCUGGACAAGAUGACAGCAGAUCAUGGGUUACUUGUCAGGGGUAGGGAUGUGUGCCUCCAUAUGUUGUUGGAUUCAAAUUUGAAUUCAAAUUGUAACACAAUAAAAACUCAAUGUAAGAAGCAAUAAAAAUAUGAAUUAAAAGUCAGUAGGAAUAUUUAAUAUGAUAAAUGUGCCAUCUUCAACCAUAAAUCCACAGAUGCUCUGCGGACCACCUGAAUGAAACUCACAGACCAUUGAAGGUCUGCGAACCAGUUUGGGGACUCCCCUUUUAGACGGCAAAGUGAGAUAUAAAUGAUUGGCAAUAAACAAUAGCUAUAACUGACAAUAAUCACAACUCUUGUCCUUCCUUCCCUUCUUUUUCCACCCUCUUUCUUCUUCCAAUCCAACCCAUCAUUCUUUCAUCCCACCAGUUUAUCCGAACUACUGUGUUAGAAAUCUGGGUUUUAUGCACAAAACCUUGCUCUCCUGUUGGCUAUAAUACAAAUAGCCUGUUCAUUUAGCCUAUCUGAUUUACAUAUUCAUAAUUGGACUAACCUCUAUGACUCCUCCAAAACCUCCUGCGAUGCUGUUGUCUUCUCCUUCCGCUAUAGCUCACUAGUCACCCUAGUGUAAUAUGGCUUUGGGCAACAAGUGUAAAACGAGGGGAAAUAUUUACAAAAUUAGGCAAUGUUUUAAAUGCCCCUGCUUGAGACCAAUUGCAAAACCUUUUAUCAUGAGAGUACAACACUUCAGAAAUUGGCAAGAAACAGAGGCCAAAUGAAUGAGCCUCUUUCCAACUGUGACUGAGAUUUGGCAGACAUGACUGGAGGUUCCUCACUCUUUCUGAGGUUGAGAAUUGUUGGGAAACUAGACAGCAGCGCUCCCAAUAUUUGAUGAAAUGCAGCCUGCACUAUGGAAAGUAAUACCUUACCUUGGACUGCACAGCCAUUAAUACUCUUAAUGCUCCCUGCCAUUCAUGCUAAGCAUCUUUACAAUGCUGUUGAAUCACUGUGUCUGGGAUUCCCAAUCAUUUCUUUUCCCUGAGCUGCAUAUUCUGAAAGACCACAUUCCCAGGACUGGAAGUGUUUUUAAGGUAGGGUGGGGUGGCAACUCAAGGCAGUCCACUUAAAAUGGAAAUGGGUUCUAACUGAAAAUAUAGUUUAUGAAUAUUAUUAGGAUACCCUGGUUCCCCUCACAGAACUACAGUUCUCAGAGUCAUUUAACAGUCAAUCCGUAUUCUCAAGGAACUCCAGGAAUUGUUGUUCUCUGAGAGGAAUACAGACCUCCUAACAACCUUAACACCCAUAACAAACUACAGUUCCCAGAAUUCUUUGGGGAAGCCAUGACAGUUUAAAGUAUUAUGCUACUGAUUUACAUGUAUAGUGGAGAUGCAGAGCAAGUCUUUCUGAAGAAAAAUCUUGUGCAAAGUCUACUCAUUUCUCAUUAACCUUUUAGAGUUACUUUGAGAAUGUAAUAGUGAUGGUCCAUUAUGCAUUGGACUUCCAAAAAGCUUUUGACAAAGUCCCACUCUAAAGCUGCCUGAGUACACUUGGGAGUCAAAGGAUAAGAGGAGCAAUCCUCUGAUUAAGGAGCAGGAAGGAGAGGGGGGAAGGAGUCAGGUGUGUGUAUUACCCUAACGUGGCUGAUUUUACAGAGCAAUGUAAGGGUAAAGGUGCCCCUGCCCGUAUGGGCCAGUCGUGUCCGACUCUAGGGUUGUGCGCCCAUCUCACUCAAGAGGCCGGGGGCCAGCGCUGUCUGGAGACACUUCCGGGUCACGUGGCCAGUGUGACGAAGCUGCUCUGGCAAGCCAGCACCAGCGCAGCACACAGAAACGCCGUUUACCUUCCCGCUAUAAAGCGGUACCUAUUUAUCUACUUGCACUUAAGUGUGCUUUCAAACUGCUAGGUGGGCAGGAGCUGGGACCGAAGGACGGGAGCUCACCCCGCCGCGGGGAUUCGAACCGCGGACCAUACGAUCGGCAAAUCCUAGGCGCUGAGGUUUUACCCACAGCGCCACCCGCGUCCACAGAGCAGUGAGGGGACUGUAAAAAAGACAUUAAUGGCUGCAUCCAGACAGGAUUAUUGCAUUAGUUUUCCUGGUUAUAAUGCUAGUGCUAUGCCAUUUUCUAAUGUUCCUUUUACACUUCACUACCUGCUUCAUUAUGGAACUUUUUUAUUGAUGUAUCACCAUGUCCCCCUAAAUUCCAUUCACACCCUUGACUAUGGUGUGACACAGCAGCCAGCGUCAUUGGGCAUGUUGCCGCUGUGUAUGCAGAUGUGCACUUCUGUUUUCCCUACGGUUCCCCCAUGAAAACGACAGGAAAGAACUGUAUGCCAGAAUACAACCCCAAAUUUCAUCCCAGUGUGUGAUCCAUGAAAACCUCAGGGAUCUUGCAUCUUACAAACCUCCCACGAUUUUGCAGGUUAAUGGGGCUGCAAACAGAUAUUGUUCUGGAAGCAAUUAGCACAGAAAUUAAGGCUAAACUUCUACCACAUUCCUGUAGAUUUCUAGAAGUAGUGUUUAAGUCACGCGAAAGAUCACAUAAAACAUGUAAACUAUCAGAUAAGGAAACAUCAGGAAAAUGGAAUAAGGUGCUGUCUGAAUGCAGGCUGUGUCAUGUUGCACAUCUGAGUGCCAAAGAAGCAUAAUGUUCAUUGAGAUGAAUGCCUACAGUGACAAUAGUUCAUUCAAGGAAGGUAAUCUCGUUUUAGAAGCCUGCCACCUUACAGUGUCACUUCUGCUUUUAGGCUAGGGAACCUUUUUCAAUAUGAGGGUUGCAUUUCCUUGUUGGCAACCUCCCAAGGGUCCCACACUAGUGCUGGGUGGUGCCAGAGGCAAAAGUGAACUGAGCAAAAUAUAUGAUCUUGUACAGUAAGCUAUGCUUCAACCAUGCAAAAAUCAGCUUUCCAUGCAUGCAUGCACUCACUUGUCCCUAUAUAUACACACAUUUCUUCAUCCAGGCAAACAAGAAGCAUUAUCACAGUUCAAAGACAUAUUCCAGCAAGGCAAAGUACUCAAGGGAGGGCGUGUCCUGGGAAAAGUCUCAGGGGCCUCAUAAACUUGGAGAACUACAUUCCAUUCCUGGGCCUAUGGUUAGUCAUGAGGGCCAGAUAACAAAGGCUUGAACACUGCAUUCUAGCCCUGGGCUUGAGAUUCCCUCCUCCUAUUCUACUGUUACGUAACAAACCUUGGGGCCUACAAGCUUCUUUUUCAUUGGUGAAGUCACCAUAAUCAUAUUAUUCUGAGUCUCAUGAGAUGCAUUUGGAAAGGGUUGUCUCCUCUGCGGCAGGAUCAUUCAAAGAAAGUUAAUGCAGUGGGAUUAUGUUAGCUAUCCAAUUUGGUAUGGUAAUAUUGAGCAUUGCCAGCAGUGUCUCCUUAAUUCUAUUUAUUAAAACCACUGCAUUCACGAUAGGCUGUGGUGUUCUAUUACUUUGUCCUCAGAGAGUUGGUUCUGUGACCAGUGUCCUCCUUAGAAAAUAGGAAAUAUGCUCUCUUGAUUUUGAGCCAAAGUGCUCUAGAUUUCAUCCGUGCAAGGUUAAAUAUAUGCCCCAAAGUAAACACAAAAUUAAAUACAAAAAUCCCUUAAGCUCUUCUGUUUGAAAUGCAGUAAAUCUCAAGCCUCCUGCCCCCCCACCUUAUUCUUAAAAAGCAAAAAAAAAGUAUUAUGGAAGAUGAUACAUUCAGAGCUCUGCCUGGAAGAAAAUUUAUCACUCAUCAGCUCAUAAAGAUACCCUCUUCCAAAGUAUUUUGAUCUGUAUGUCUGCGUGUAUACACAUGAGGAAAUGACAUGACCACAGUGUGCAGUGAGGCAGUCAACUGAAAUCCUUUUGUAAGCUCUGUCAGUGCUUUUGGUGGAUACUGCUGAAAAGUGAAUUUUCUCUAUAAACGAGCUAAAGCUGGUGUAUUGUCCGGACAUCUGCACAGAGUAAAAUAAACAUCCAUUUCAAUAAUGUAUGGAAUAAAUCCUGCUCGAGCUGGCCUGGAGGGGAUAAACAGAAGCAUUACACAGCACAUCCUCAAGCAAAGGGUGGGGCAUGCACUUUUCCUGCCAGCCAGAUCUGGACACCACCGAUUGCAUCAUGGAGAGAGAACAUGCUUUAAAUUUAUGCUGUGCAGCCCGAGGCACUGUCUCCUGUACGAAUGCGCCUUGCUGUGUCUGUGAACCAAAAGUCCCAGCUACAUCUCAGAUAGCCUGCUUUUUCCUAUGCCAGUGAGGCUCAUUUUGUACUCUUAAUAGCAGACUGUAGGACAGUUGGAUACAGUGCUGGCUCAAAGGUGUGCAGGGACUUAGGGUAACCAUUUACGCGUUAUCUUCCCCCUACCCACCCAAUGGAAACGUACCAUAGAGAAAAGAGGGCAUGCAUUUGCAUAAAAUCAGCAUAUGCUAAGGUCUAUGUGCAAAUUUAGAAAUAAUGACUGCAAUUCAAAUAGAAAUACAGCCUGUCUCACAACAGUGAGGAAGACUUUGACCAGGUAGCACACGUGCCUGCUCAGUCUGCUGUCCAGCUACUCACUGUUCCUGAUUGACAGUAAGACUCCUGAUCUCCCUUCUUAGGGGUCAUUUUAUCUUUAAACUGGACAUGAACUGGGCAGCCCUUCAGAUCAAGGACAUCUUCAAAUAGAGAACUGCCCUCCUAUGCUUCUUCAAACAGUAGAUUGUCCUCUAUAAAGUAGGACAUGAGACUACUCUAGAAAAUGCUCAGUGGGGCCUCUAUUACUUACAAGUCACGGCUGUCAUCACUGCACACUGAGUUCUCCAUUCCAUCUGGGCAUGAUCUGCACCAUUGCCCAGCAGAAGGCAACACUGUGAGGCUCCAGUGGUUUAGCUUUAGUAUGUUCCCAGUUGUGCCAGCCCCUGGUGCUAGGGAUGCAUCGUUUCCCAUUCUACCCCGUAGCUGCCACAUACAGAACAGUUUCUGUUCUGUUGCAGUUCAUCUUUCACCAAAAACUCUCCACACUGGCAAAAUGUAACUUAUGAUAUUCCACCCUAUUAUUUUCAGUGCUAAGGAAAUGCAAUGCAAAUGGGUGUGUGGAAUCAAUUACUAACAUUUGCAGACUGAAAGCAACAACAGCAGCAAAUACCAAUCUUAUUCACUGGAUUCAUUUCUGUUCUGGGCAUGGGAUGAAUAAGUGAACAUCAGCAACAUUUUCAUUCCUGUUUCCAUUUUUGUCUGAAUUCUCCAACAUCCCUACCUGACGCUGGACCUGAUUAUGUUUUUCUAGUAUAUCUCUGACCUAUCAGUGCAGGCUAGUAACAGAGAGUAGAGCCUUCGGCAAUAUAUCAUGAGGCAGCCAGGGCAGUAACGCUUCCAGUGAGAUCAAGGAUUUUACCAGUAUGUCCCUAGUUUCCUCUGUGAGUCAUUGGGAGGUUUUGCACUUCCAAGAUAGGAAGUCAAUCCGUUUUAAUGCCUGUCUGCUCAAAUGUAAUUCCUCAGCUGUCAUUUUGACAAGCAGAUCCUUCAGCUUGAGUCUGUAAAUAACUGAUGUCCACCCACCAUUCCUUUUAUCACCUUUCUGAUUAUUACAGAAGCUCAUUUUGGAAACCCCUCAGAAGAGUAAAGCCUGGAGAUGAUGGAUGUCAAAAUCUCCAGAUUUCUGCCUUGAGCUCCUUGAACCUAGUAGACAAAUUUAAUUAGUACCCAACUUUGAAUCUCCCAACAAGAAAGAAAGAAAGAAAGAAAGAUUCUUAACUAGAAUCGAAUGUCUUCAAUUUUAUAUGCAGGAUCCCAAAUUCUCUCUGGAAUAGCUGUAGGACAACAAAGGGAAUAAAGCCCAAUGCUGAAGUGGCUGUAAAUUACAGUAAGUCUCGCUGAUACUGCAUGAUUUGUCUUUUCUUUACUUCUAGCCCUCGUGUUAAUGAGAUGCUCCACAGGGGUAAAAGAAGUAGGGAAGGGAAGGGAAAAGGAAGCAGAGAGCACUUUUGAUGAAUUAGUAGGGGCAAGGAAUAAAUGGAUCUGGGAAAUGAAAAUGUCAUCAGGGGGACACAUGUAGUAAACUACUGAAUAAAGUAACUUGCUCACCAGGGCCCAGAAGGGCUCACUUGGAGCCUUCAUUACAUAUCUUAAGGUGCCAGGUGAAAAUGUUACUUUAUAACCAGGCUUUCGGCUGUUAACAAUAACAAUAAUAAUAAUUUAUUUAUAUUCUACCCCUCUAACUGGGUUCCCUAUGGUAAGGUUACCAGACGUCCCCGUUUCCCAGGGACAGUCCCUGGAUUUACAAAUCAGUCAGUCCCCAUACAAAAUCCAUUGAAAUUGAAAAGUGUCCCUGGAUUCAUUGAAAAAAAUAUGGUAACCUUACCUAUGGCCUUUUAAAUGUGUUUGUGGGAAGGGUUUUAUUGGUUUGCUAUUUUUAAAAUGUGUUCCUAUUUUAUAUUUUUAUUUUGUGAACCGCCCUGUGAUCUUUGGAUUAAGGGCAGUACAGUGGUACCUCGGGUUACAUACGCUUCAGGUUACAGACUCCGCUAACCCAGAAAUAGUACCUCGGGUAAAGAACUUUGCUUCAGGAUGAGAACAGAAAUCAUGCUCCAGCGGCGCGGCAGCAGCGGGAGGCCCCAUUAGCUAAAGUGGUGCUUCAGGUUAAGAUCAGUUUCAGGUUAAGAACGGACCUCCGGAACGAAUUAAGUACUUAACCCGAGAUACCACUGUAUACAAAUUUAAUAAAUAAUAAUAAUAAAUUCUCCAAACACGUUCCCUCCAGAUGUCUUGAACUACAACUCCUAUCACCCCCAUACUUCAGACUCUACAAUUAUAUGGUUCUAUGAGUUGUAGUCCAACAACGCCUGGAGGCCACACAUUGUCAAUAUAUAUGAGCGUAUAUGAGUGUAUAUAUAUGUAUAUAUGAGAGUGUAUAUGUGUGAGUGUCGUGGACCAGGAGUCAGCUUCACCUGCUGAACAGUAACCUGAAGGCGGAGUGACUCCAUCUGCAGCUGAUCAGCCUUCAAGGACACAAAGGAGAAGGUGCUGAUGAGAACUAGGUGGCUUCAGCCUUCUUAAGCAGAGCUUCCAGCAGCAGUCAGAUGCUGGUUACAACACUUGUGGUUCCUGGUUUUAUCUUGCUGCUUCCUGCUCAUUUUGACUCUUGACCCCAAGAUCAUCGGAUCCCCUGACCCCUGGAUCGACUGCCACAUGGAUUACUGUUUGCCCGACCCUAGGACUGGACCUGACUUUGGAUGUCGAUUCUGCCUCCAGGCAAGUUCACCUCAGAGUCUCUUCUGGUUGGCUGGCCUCCCACUCCAGUGAGCCCUGCGCAUUGCUCAGCAACAAGACUAUGAGUGUGUGUGUGUGUGUGUGUGUGUAUGUAUGUGUGUGUGUAAAAAUCAGCCCCCCACCUUUUGGGGACCAGAGGCACAUCUGGAAAUCUUAAGAAACUGUCAUGGACACCACAAAAUACCCACUUCCAAAAAGAUGCUCAAAAAACCCACCCCCAAAAAGGAGGGGAACCAAAAUUACACAAGGCAAGACAUAUGUGCCAAAACAAAAUACAGGCAAAAACAGCCCCCUCUACCCCAAAAACAAUAGGCAACCCUCCCCAACCAAACCAAGACACAAUUCUUAAAAUGUGAGAGGAGCAGGGGGUCUUGGCAGCCACAAAUAAAGGCAAUGUGGUGCCAAAUUAGAGACCACUACUGUAGAGUAAAAGUUGUAAUGCAGCAGUACAUUUUAGAAGCAAUUGUGAGGGGUUUUUGUAGGGGCAAAUGAGUACAAAUGAUCUUCCUGCAAAAUUCUAGAGUGUAGGAAAGUAUGCUUAUUUUGCCAUCUCUAGUGUUCCAGAAAGAGAGAUUACACACUGUGGAUUAAGUGUUAGAACUAAGACAGUUGCUGCACAAAACUUUGCUAUUAUUUGCUACAGUGAAAAACUUACCUAAACUACCAAGAUAGCUGAUUGCAGUGGAGGGUGGAGAGAGAGAGAGUGGCAAAAAUCCACUAUAUCUUUAUACUCCCAAAUUUAAGAGACAAGCACCUGCUACAUCUGAGAUUGACUUACAAAUGCCUGAAGCAAGACAGAUGAUAAACAAUUGUAUGUGGUUUUUUGCUUGUUUUUUAUUGACAGCAUAAAAUUCUAAAUUUAAACUGCCAGAUAGGAAGAUGUUGCAUGGAUUUUAAAUGAUGCUAUAUCUCACAUUUAUGAGCAGUCUUUUAAUAGAAAAAGAGCCCGUCUGGUGUCUGUGGCUGAUAGCAAGCAAGUUAAUGCAGCACUUUGGGAGUGCAGAGAAUAAUGUGGACAAAAUGACUCUGUACUUGAAGGCAGAUGAGAAGUAAUUGUCAGCGAUGACUUUGGAAGAUAGGAAGCUGCCUUUAAGUGAGUCAGACGGUUGGUCCAUUUAGCUCAGUAUUGUCUUGAGCAGUACUGGAUUUAGGGUGGGGUGGGCACAGAGGACACUGAGCCAAGGGAGCACAAAAGAAUAAUAAUUUUUUUAAAAGGAAUUAUUGUGAAAAUGAGAAGUAUUUUGGGGAAGGGUGCCAAAUUUUGUCCUCUCUCAGGGCGCCAUAUUACCAAAGUCUGCUACUAUCUUGAGACGCUGGCAAUAAUGUUCCUGGGCUUCCUAAAGAGUCUUUCCAAUUCAUACCUGGAGAUGUCAUUUGGGAUUGAACCUUGGAUUUUCUCUCUACAAAGCAUUUGCUCUACUAAUGAGGCAUGGCUCUUCCUAGGGAAGCUGCCUUAUACUGAGGCAGGCCAUUCAUCCAUCUAAACCAGGGGUCAGCAACCUUUUUCAGCCAUGGGCCGGUCCACCGUCCCUCAGACCAUGUUGUGGGCGGGACUAUAAUUUUUUUGUGGUGGUGGUGGGGGAAUGAACAAACUCCUGUGGCCCACAAAUAACCCAGAGAUGCAUUUUAAAUAAAAGGACACAUUCUACUCAUGUAAAAACACACUCAUUCCUGGACCGUCCGUGGGCCGGACUGAGACGGCGAUCCAGCCCACGGGCCUUGGGUUGCCUACCCCUGAUCUAAACUGAGGAGAAACACAUCAUCUAGGCCAGUGUGGGGGUGCAGCCUGGAGAGAAAGGGUGUGGCCUGAGGAGUGGGCAUUGCCUGAUGAGAUACCUGAGGGUCAGACGAAGGGACCUGGAGUUCCAUAUUUGGACCUAGGCUCACAACCUCUAGUGUACAUAUUUUAAAGGAAGGAAGGAAAAAGAAAUAAAGGAACAAGUAAGUCCUAUGUUGUCAGCUGUCUGGCAUCAUCUCCUAUUUUGAGCUUGGCCACACCUGAUAACAAAAAUAUUACUUGACAAAUGGAUUAAUAGAGAAAUUGAUUGACAGAAGUUACCGUACAUGGUAAGCAGGUGGAGAAUCCAUGACAGACCUGCUGCCGCUUCCCAUGCCCUGCUGGGUCCCACUGCCUAGGGAAGGAGGUUGGGAGCAGCCUUUUCUCCUAAGCCUGAUGAGUCAUAACUCAAUAGUAGAGCACAGACAUGGCAUGUAUAAGGUCCCAGAUUCAAUCCCCACAAUUUCUGGGUAGGACUGGGAACAUCCUUUGCCUGGAGAGUCACUACCAGUCAGUAUGGACAAUGCUGAGCUGGGUGGACAAAUGGUCUGACUCAGUGCAGUUUCUUGUGUCAAUAUUCAAUUACAUCCUUUAUUCAGAACUGCAAGGACUAGAAUAAUUUUGAAGGAAGGGCCAUCUGCCUUGCAUGCAGAGGGUCCCAGGUUUAAUCUUUGUCAUCUCUGGUAAGGCUGGUAAGGAAUCCUGUCUGAACCCCUAGAAAGCUGCUUCUAGUAGGUGGACCAGUGGUUUUACUCAUUAGAACACAGCUUCCUUUGCUCCUAAAGCAGAGGGGGGCGGGGAGUGGAGUCUGAAAGCCUGGACAUCCAAUGCAAACCUGGUGCAGACCCCGUUUACUCAUAGAUACUAGGGCAGCAGCUACCAUCCUUGAAAUGUAUGAAGUGGGUGUUGGAUAAAGAGAGUUUGGCAGAUUAGUUUGCUGGCUUGUAUAACCCUUUUACUCAUGCUUGGAAUCCCAUCCUAGAAUAAAGGAAAUAGCUACACUCUACUGACUUUCAGAUAAGCACAAUUGGGACUAAUUGGCCUGCCCCAGACUCAUUGAGCCCAGACUCUUGGCAGUCUCCAUGAAAGGAAGAUGAAGGAGGCUGUUGGAAAGCAACUCAACAGCUUUGGCUUUGAGUCCCUUGGCUGGGCCUCAGAUAUAAUCUGUAGCCUAAAUUUACUUGCUUUUUGUGAGCCUUCGUUCUUCCUUGUCCUGCUCUGAGCCUGCUAAUUAUCCAGAGUUCCUUCCCAAUAUCAUAGAAACAUUAGUCCAUCUAGCUCAGGAUCAUCUGCUCUGACUGGUAGUGGCCCUCCAUGAAUUCAGAUAGGGGACACCCCCAGCCUUACCUGGAUAUGUUUCUGGGGCUUGAAUUUGGGACCUUCUGCAUGCAAAGCAGAUACUCUACCACUGAGUUAUAAGCAUUCCCCAUCCUCUUUGUUGGGUCAUACUGGAAGCAGAACAUUGACAGCCCUACCCAUGAACUUGCUAAUCCUCUUCUAAAACCAUCCAGGUUGGUGGCCAUCACUGCAUCUUGGGGAAGAAGAUUCCAUAGUUUAACUAUGUCCUAUGUGAAGAAGUACUAUAUUUUGUCUGUCCUAAACCUUCAGAUUCAUUGGAUGGCCUCAGAUUCUAGUAUUAUGAGAAACUUCUCUCUGUCAACUUUCUUCACACUGUGCAUCUAUCAUGUCCCCACUUACUCACCUUUUUCUAAACUUAAUAGCCCCAAAUAUUGUAACCAUUUCUUACAGACAAUUUGGUUGUAUCCCAUGAGUUUCAGAAGGGUACUCACUAUGUGAGCAUAACUUACAGUGGGUCUCCAUUAAUACCUGGAAACAGCAGGAGUCACAAGAACUUCAGUAGCUGUAUUUACGAAUCAUAAAAGGUCAACAUCUGCAUAGAUCAGCUAGCGCUUGGUACAUGGGUAAGACUAAGAGCUUGUCCACACUUCUGCUUGUCCCAUGCUUUCUAGGUGUGAGUUUGAGCAGUUUCUCAUUUGUCCCACCAUUCUCAGGAAAACCCGCUGUUUACCACAGAAAUGGGGGGAAAGUAAAUCUGCAGAAAAACUGAUUGACAUUUGUUCCGAUUUAGCGAUAAACAGUGGGUUUCCCCAGCGGAAAGUGGCAGGACAAAUGGAAGUGUGGUCAAGCCCUAUGAUUCCAGCUAGUUCCCACUGAGCUACGGAGGGAUGUGCAAAAUUUCUCAAUUUCAAUUUCUUUUAGUUUCUCAUUUCCUCAUUCCUAAGUUCAUUUUUCCUGCAUUUCCAUAUCAGUUUGCUUUAAAAAAAAAUUGUCAUGAAAAUUCAUUAGCAUUUUAGUUCAAAUUUCUCAAGGCGGUUUAACAACCAAUCUCUUUCCCCAAGGAACUCUUGAGAAUUGCGGUUCUGCAAGAGGGACAGGUGUCUCCAAGCAAUUCCCAGCACCUAUAAUAGACUAAUACUCCCAGAAUUCUUUGGCAGAAGCCACAGCUACUUAAAGUGAUACCAUACAGCUUUAAAUGCAUGGUGUGAAUGUGUCCUGUAUGUGGAAGGGGACAUUCCCACUGAAACAAAACAAAGGGCCUUCUCUGAAUUUAGAAAAUAGUGUUAGGUAGUGAGUAUAGCCUGACUUUCUCUCUGACACCCUCGUUUGCUCUAUCAACAAAGCCAGCCUACUCCCUCAGCAAAUAAAUCAUUAUUAUUCCAUGUAUAACCUGACUAAUGCCUUAAUUUUCCCAUAGCAGAAUCCUAAAAGGGUUUCAUUUCUUCAUUUUCCCUAUGAUGCAUAGAGCAUAGACAAGUGGAGACAGGGGCGUGUCUUAAAUAAAUCUCAGCAAAGCUACCUGAUAGUAAUUUUAUCUCCAAAGAAUAAUGCAAAUGGAGCAAUCUCAUAGUCAGGCACCUACAAGAUUUUCCUGGCAAGACGCCAGCUUUGACUCACAAAUGUUCCUUGGCUAAAUUGGAUCCAGAUGUUUACAUGACAUAAAAUAUUAACAAACAUCUCCCAGGGGCAGCCACUAGUUAUUGAGCUAGUAAAUUAAUAAACGAAUCAAAAAAAAGAAAGAAAAGAAAAAUCAUUAGGGUGGCACCCAAGUCUUUAGCCAAACAUCAGCUUUAGUUUAUUUAUUUUAAUAAAAGAAGGAUGUGUUAUUCUAAUUUAAUUAAUUACAGCUAUUUAAAAGUAAUGUUUGCCUAGGUUAUUACUGAAAGGUUAUGCAGGAUAACAUUUAGGAAAGCAACCCUUAUCCUGUUUAUGUAAGUGAUUAAAAUUGUACUGCUUGUUCUUUUCUCAAAUGUUUCCAUGCCCCCGCCCCCACCUCUCAUGAAGAAACAGGGUUGAAUUAACAAUUAUAUUGAGUAUGCGGCAGAGAUGAGCCCAACUCAUGUGGAAUGUCACUGUUGCAGAGAUUGUCUAGAGGCUCAUGGAGAAGAAUAGCGAUGGCUACUGGCCAUGAUGACUAUGCUCUGCCUCAAGGCUCAGAGGCAGUAAUACUUCUGAGUACUAGUUGCUAGAAACCAUAGGAGGGGAGAGUGCUCUUGUGCUCAAGUCCUGCUUGUUGGUUUCCCACCGGCAUCAAUUGGCCAUAGAAUGCUGGUCUAGAUGGGUCAUUGACCUGACCCAGCAGAGUCUUCUUAUGACCUUAUGGUCGUCUUGUUCCUAUCUGUCAAAGCUGCCUCAAGUCUCAGCUCACAAAAGACCAACGCCUAUGUCUUCUUAUAUACAAAGGUGUUUAUUGUAGUUCAUUGUUUGCUUGACAUCCUAGGCGCGCAGCCUUACGUCUCUUACGCUUAGACCGCUGAAGUCCCCUCUGAGUCAGUCCCUCCCCUGCACCAAUUUAAGAGACUUGCGCUGCUCCACCUCUUUCUCUCCUUCCUUUCCGCAGGGUCCUUCUGCCCGCUGUGGUAACGCACCUCCAGGAAUCCUCUGACGCGGCAUCAGACUGCUCUUUCCCCCACCUGCGGGCGUUGGGAACAGGCCCCACCGCGGGGCUCCCUGUGCUUCCGCGCUCUACAUUUGAACUAGGCGCGCGCGCCAAACCUCUAACUUUCCUUUGACAGUUACACUACUCCUUCACUGCUCCUCCUUCCGGGAGGCGCGGCUCUGACCCCCUCCUUUCUCUGCUGCCGGAGCUGCUUCCUCUGACACACUGGAAACUCCACCCCUUCACUGCACUCUGGUGGGAGGCUGGUCCUGACGCCCAGCUGCCACUUUGGGAUCCUCCGCUGGCACCCUGCUCCUGACACGUCCCCUGGGGCUCCCUGGCCUUGACCACCGGCGCCCCUUCUGGGAAUCCUCUGAUUCGCUGGAAAGACUCAUGGAAUCUCUUGAGUCAUUGUCAUCCUCUUCCUCGCUGGCUUGGAAUUCCUCCCCAUCGCUCUCCAUCUCCUGCCUACCCUGUGCCUCUCUCCCUGAACCCCUGACACUAUCCUAUUCUCCGAAGCAAAGCUGAGAAUAUAGUGGCAGCCAAGUUGGAGAGGGCUGUGGGGAAAGUUAUAUUCUAAGCAGUUUGGCUGGAGGCUAUAUACAGUUCUGUUUAUAAGGAGCAAAAUCACAUCUUUCUUUAAGUGCUCAUGAGUACAGUCGUACCUUGGAAGUUGAACGGAAUCCGUUUCGGAAGUCCGUUCGACUUCCAAAACAUUUGAAAACCAAAGCACGGCUUCUGAUUGGCUGCAGGAAGCUCCUGCAGCCAGUCGUAAGCUGCAGAAGCCCGGUCGGAUGUUCAGCUUCCAAACAACGUUCGCAAACCGAAACAGUCACUUCCGGGUUUGCGAUGUUCAGGAGCCAAAACAUUCGGGAACUAAGCUGUUUGACUUCCAAGGUAUGACUCUUACGUCAAGCCAGGACUGUUGUUGGGCAGGGUCAGCCUUGGGCUGCUUGCACACAUUUUAUUCUAGAAUCGAUGGAGCCUGAGUCCUUGCUUUUCGUACAUAGUCCACACACAAUCUAGAUCUAUUUCAUUUCUUCUUGUUGUUAUUGUUGGCAUCCAUUUAUCUCGAGAGACAAUUGAGCGUGCCUCCUGGGGUGAAUCUCUGCAGAGCACAAGCCUGGGCAGUGUAUAUGGAGGUCCUAGGCUGCCCAGUUGUCAAGGCCCCACCUUGGCCUCACUGAUGAGGCCUUAGGGACUCUACUCCAGAAUUUUUGCUCUAUAGGACUCACUUUUUCCCUCCUAAAAAGUAAGGGGAAAUGUGUGUGUGUCUUAUGGAGCAAAUGCAGGCUCCGCAGCUAUCCCAGAAGCCAGGAUAGGAAGAGGGAUCGCUGCUUUCACUGCGCAGCAAUCCCUCUUGCUGUUCUGGCUUCUGAGAUUCAGAAUAUUUUUUUUCUUGUUUUCCUCCUCCAAAAACUAGGUGCGUCUUAUGGUCUGGUGCGUCUUAUAGGGCGAGAAAUACGUAUGUAGGGUUUACUCCUUAUCCUUUCCUUCUCCCAAAGAUGUACCACAAGGGAGAGGGUACAGAUUUUCCCUCAGGGUUUACCCCCAAAGCCUUUCUCACAAACGAGUAUAGCUGCAUGAUGGGAAAUGUAGUUCAACAACAUCUGGAGGGCCCAAGGUUCCCUAUUCCUGGGAUAGAGACACUGUAAUCCUUUGCUGCCCAAUGCUGCUGUGGUUGGUUCUCCUCCUGGGUAAAAACCUUGAUCUUUUCCCUCUGUAAUUAGCCUCAAACUGGUACAUCCAGUUUAGGCAGGUGUUCCAUUUGGUUGCCACUUUUGCAAUAACCACAGCAGUCAGUUUGGGAUUCAGCAUGACUUUGCAUCUUAAAAAUGCAAGAUACAGUUGGCACUAUGAGAGUGAGAUGUUAUUGGGAACUGAGCUUCACUUUUUGUUUCGUUUUUGCUUUUGUUUAAGAAAGUGUGUGUCAGCAUUAAGUCACACAUCAGUGAUGGGAGGAAGAAGGCAAUAAAUCUAAAGUUCAUUGGAUCAUUUGCCGUAAUUUCAUAAGACAGGAAUACAGGAAUAUGAGGGUGACUGCUUCAGUGUUGCUAAUUUGCGACCUGGGUGUUAUCUUUAAAAGCCAGUGCAGGCCUGAUUUAUAUAUUAAUUUUUUUAAACCACCACAUUUUAAGCAACACUAGGGGCUCAGCUAUACAGCUGCAAAUAAAAAGUUUUAAGUGUGUUGCAAAGUGCAACAUACAAAUGUGACACUAGAUGGCAGCAGUGAACUAUGGACAAUUCAAUGUAUUUUUCAAAACUUUUUAAAAACACCAUUCUCACAGCAUUUUUUUAUGUGUGUAGAUUCCACCUAGGAUAAAUAAGAAUAUUAAACUUUUCCAUAUAUGGUUUUCCUUGAUCUUUCUUUGUUUUGGCACUUUUAAUUCUUGUUCCCAGCUUUGAGAAUCACUGUGCCAAAAGGUGCCGAAAACAUCCCCCCACUAGACAAAAAAAACUCCAAACACCACAAACCAAGCUAACAUGAAGCAUGCUAUAACUAUAUCCUCACACAUUCAGAAAUUUCUCCAAAAUACCUAUGACAUAAAUGCUUUUCAAUUUCAAGCAGAAAGUGGGAGAUUAAUUUAAGCAUUCCCUUAUUAAAACUGAAAUGUAAAUAAAAACAACCAUAUUUGCCAUUGUAUUAACCAAUUACAGUCAUUAUAGAGAAAAGUAAUUAGGUUCCCCUUAAUAGAGGAAAUAUUAAAUUGGCUUUUAAUGAUGCCCCAAUUAACGGUUGUUAUUGCUGCAAUCAAAUCAGGAUUUUGUGUACUUAUUAGUGUACCAGACCUAAGUCUAACAGACCUAAGAAAAGCAAUCUCAGGCGUAUCCAGAUACUGUCCAGGACAAAUCAAGUCUUGGACAGUGUCUGGAUAAGACUGUGAUUGCUUUUCUUAGGUCUCCUAGAGUCACCAACAGUGUUGCCUGAAAGCCAUUUCUUCAUCAUCAUCAUCAUCAUCACCAUCAUCAUCAUCAUUAUCGCCAUCAGUAGUAGUAUACCACCCUUCAUCUGAUGAUCACAGGGCAGUUCACAACAUAAAAAUAUAAAAUGAGAACACAAACUACACAAUAAAACAAAAACAAGCCCCCCCAAACCCCCCUCCCACAAACACAUUUUUAAGGCCAUUGAAUGUUAAUCAACCAAAAGCCUGGUUAUAGAGAAACCUUUCCACCUGGUGCCUAAAUAUAUACAGUGGUACCUUGGGUUAAGAACUUAAUUCGUUCUGGAGAUCCAUUCUUAACCUGACACUGUUCUAAAUCUGAGGUACCACUUUAGUUAAUGGGGCCUCCUGCUGCCGCUGCACGAUUUCUGUUCUCAUCCUGAAGCAAAGUUCUUAAGCCGAGGAAUUAUUUCUGGGUUAGCGGAGUCUGUAACCUUAAGCGUAUGUAACCUGAAGCGUAUGUAACCCGAGGUACCACUGUAUAAUGAAGGUGCCAGGCAAGCCCCCAACCCCAUGGAGAGCAUUCCCCACCCUAUGUAAGCUUUGCUGAGUUCUAUGGCCUAUUGCAGGUGGGGUGAACCUUUAGCAUUCCAGAUGUUGCUGAACUACAACUCCCACCAUCAGCCCCAACAACACGGCCAAUGGCUGGGGAUGAUGGGAGUUGUAGUUCAUCAACAUCUGGAGGGACAGGACAGAUGUUCCAAACUCUUAGCUUCCAGCAUUAGCAGAGAUUCUCAAACUCUGGUCUGUGGACAUUGGUGGUCAGCAAGCUCCAUACAGGUGACUCACAGAACUGUCAAGGCACUUGCUAAUUGUUUGUUGCUAUCUCUGCAGCUAACCUAUCAAUUCAUGCAAUCACUUUUAAGGCAUCUCUAUCAGUGUCCUCUGUUAGCCUGGGAACUUAAUGUGGUUGCAAAAUAAAUUGGCGGGGAGAUUAAAAAAAAUUGAUUGACUGCCAAUGCAAAAUCACAUUCUCUCUAUCCAGCAUUCUGCAAGUUCCUUUACAAAAUACUUGGGGGGGGGGGAAGGCUCUGUCUGUUGAUCUCUUUUCUUGUUUUUUUAACCCAUCCUAUAAAGGCAAUAUUCAGAUCCUAACCAUUUGGGGGGACGGGACAAAAAAAAACCAACAUUCCUAAUUAACUGGGUUGUCUAUGCACUCUUUGUGAUCUUGACAUUUCCCAUGAUUGCAUGGCAUGCGGCAAAGCAUAUCCCAGAAAUAGAAAUUUCCAUUUACUUUCUUCUGUGCUACGCAGGAAUAUCUUGGCAUCAGUUCAUAAUACAUUAGCUUCUCAGUAAUGCAAUAGCAGAGCUGGCUAUCUGGCCUCAGCUAAGGCUAUUUCUGAAGCUUAUUUGAUUUUCUUUUUAUCAAUAUUAUAAAUAAAGAAACCAUACAGCUUAACCACUGAUAAGCAGAUAAUCUGCUUGGGCAAGCAACUUGGAAUCUUGUUGAAAUUGCCUUGUAGCUGAACCUCAGGAUCUCAGACUCUUGCUUCACUCCCCACUCCCUAGAUUGGGGUGGGGAACCUUUGGACCUCUGAUGGGGAGGAGAAAUGAGAUGAGGAACUCAAUCCUGGGGAGGGUUGAUGCGGUUUGGGGGCAGUGAUCCAGAUGCUAAGGAGGGGCCGAGGGAUCUGGCAGGGAAAAAUCUUGCCUUGGUCAUGUUGGACAUUCUGAGAGUGGAGGAGGAAUCGGGUGGUGCAGCUGCACCUCUGCCUCCCAUCAUCAGAGCAUUUUGCACCGCCAGGGAGGCACCCGAGGAUGGAUAGGCCAGUGAGCUGAUCAACGCACCUCCACUUCCAGGUAUACAAUGCUGGCUGCACCGACUUAAGCAGACCCAACCUAUUCACAGGAGGGAUUGUUUGCUUGCUUGCCAGAGGCUCCGGACACCAACCAUGUAAAUGACUGCACCCACCCUACUCUUCAAAAGAUGAGCUCAGGGUGUGUGUCAAGUGUUGGGGACAAUAUGUUAGAUUACGCCUAGCCACAUGCCAUAGUGCUCUGACUUGUGUACCUUGUAACCUGAUUUAUGUUUGAGCUGUGUAGUGAAUUCUAGAAAGCAAAGCCUUUGACAAUAAUUCAGCUGAGAGUACUGCACCUACAAGCGCCUCAGCCUAGCUUGAGGAGCACAGGCCACGCUGGACAUUUCACCUCUGCCCACUCCCCACCCCUCUGCAUGUGCAGCCUGCGGCAGCUGCCUAACUCUUCCUAAUGGUAGGGCCAGCCCUCUCACUGCCGCUGAACUCAGCAAAAGGGCUUUAAUUAAACUACUUAAAUGAAAACAAGAGCACCAAGUUCCAAUAACCACAGUUCCAAAGGCAAGAGAGUUUUUAUUUGCUUACCCUAAGGUUACCAGACAUCCCCGUUUCCUGGGCACAGUCCCCAUAUAAAAUCCAUUGAAGUUGAAAAGUGUCCCCGGAUUCAUUGAAAAAAAUCUGGUAACCUUAUCUUACCCUCUUUCGAGUAUCAUUCUUGGGAUAAUCUGGGGGGCGGGGGGUUGUGUGUGUAACAUCUAGAAGCCGGGGGUGGGUUUUGUCCCGGGAAAGAUCCUGGUGAGCUUGCAUAGGAAAGGCUCCAUGCCAUGUUAUGUAAGGGAGAUAUUCCCAAAGCAGCAGCCCAGGGCCCCAUCCCGUAGAUUGCAUAACAAGUUCAGGGAACGAGCCAAAUGUUCUCUCUGAUGCAGGAGUGGAAUGUUGGUUGGGCGUUUUGACAGCCACCGCUGGCGUUUCUCUUUGGUCUUUUUGGAGUAAACAAGGCUUUCAAGUGCCCUCUGUUAGUUUACACGUGCCAGAUGAUUGCGGCUGGAUGCUUUCCCUCUUCCAAUUUCACAGGCUAAAUAGAAAAAUUAGGAAAACACACGCUUAUCCAAAAAAAGUGGUGGGGAUAGAGAAUGUAAAGUGGUUGGGGCGUAUUGGGCACAGUCUUUAGCACUUAAGACAGGGGUGGAGAACUUCUGAUUUUGGGGCCAAAUGUGGCCCUCCAGACCUCACUGUCUGUCCCCCUCAGGACUCCUCCUAGGCCACACCUCUCACCAGCUCUGCUUUCCAUCCUCCUUAAGGGUGAACACCACCAAACAGUAAAAAACAACAACACAAUUAAUCAUUAAUAUGAUCUCUCUCUCUCUCUCUCUCUCUCUCCAUCCAUCAUUACAAUAAAAACAUCAAAGUACCAGCCCUUUCCUUAAAAACAAUCAGUCUCCUCUAUCACAUCUCUUCUUUAUUUUCACCAACUCCAUUCCCUGCAUCCAGUAGUGUUUGAAAAUGGGGGAGCAAUUUAAGAUAAAACAAAAUAUAGAAGGUUUUGUUUAUCAAUAACUUGCAUGGGUGGCACCAGGGAAGGCAAGUACCUGCCAAACAAUGAGCUCGCCCCUCACUGUUGGACUUCUGUCAUUAAAAUAUACUGUUAUUUUUAUUUCACAGAUCUUAACAUGCCCAUCUAGAAAUAGACUUUGCCUCAUCAUGUGUGUUCCCCCAGAACUUUUCAGGUGUCAUCACUGAUAACUGAUAAAUUGACAUUUAAGUGAGUUAGGAUUGUGCAGCUGCAUUUCAUGUUCACUCAAUGUUUUAAUAUAAGGACGAUUUUAAUACAAACAGGAGGCCAAGCACCCAGCACAAAGAGGUAUUUGUUGGGGGCUAUGCACCCCACUGUGGGUUAAACUACAGAGCCUAGGGCUUGCUGAUCAGAAGUUCAGCAGUUUGAAUCCCCACAAAAGGGUGAGCUCCCAUUGUUCAGUUACUGCUCCUGCCAACCUAGCAGUUCGAUAGCAUGAAGUGCAAUUAGAUAAAUAGGUACCACUCUGGUGGGAAGGUAAACGGCAUUUCCGUACGCUGCUCUGGUUUGCCAGAAGCAGCUUAGUCAUGCUGGCCACAUGACCCGGAAGCUGUACGCUGGCUCCCUCGGCCAGUAAAGCGAGAUGAGUGUCGCAACCCCAGAGUCGGCCACGACUGGACCUAACGGUCAAGGGUCCCUUUACCUUUAUGCACCCCAGCAGGGCCCACCAGGGCCCUCCCAAGCACCUGCUGCUGCUUGACUCCCAGAGGCUGCACUGCUGCAGCUUCCAACCUCCUCUUAAUGCUUGUGUGAGAACCUAAGAAGAGUCUGUUAGAUCAGGCCAAUGGCUCAUCCAUUCCAGCAUCCUGUUUUCACAGCAGCCAAUUGGGUGCCUGUGUGGAACCCACAAGCAGGAUCCGAGCACAAAAGCACUCUCCCUAUUUGUAAUUCCCAGCAAUUGGCAUUCAGAGGCAUGUAACCUCCAACAGUGGAAGUAGAACAUAGCCGUUGUGGCUAUUAGCCAUUGAUAGCCUUUUCUUAAUGUUUGCCUGUGCCAUCACCAGGGCACCAAAGUGGCAACAGGCAGGCUGGCCAGGCUACCCCCUUCUGAAAUAUCUGUAACCAGGCCUGACAAUCUGGCGCCUAAUGCUUAGUUUAAACUAAAAAGAAACCAGCAUUGUCGAGGGUUUAUCUCCACCUACUGGUGGAAGGUUACACCUGUUUUUCCAAACCCAUUUGCGGUAGGAUUUCCAAAGCACGCCUUGUUUCUUGACUGGCUGAGGCACCCUGCAAGUUCACAGCAUCUAUCUUGAUAAAACACUUCAUUUCACACAGGCAUGGAGAGGGUGAGGUCUGUCAAACUGGCCCUUGGAGCUGUCCUCAGGGUGUCUACCCUCCCCAGCCUUGCUUCACACCUUCAGUUUCCCUAAAGAGAGCUAAAGAGUGUGGAGUCCAGAACCAAGAUGCUAUGGAAUGGAUUGUAUGGGAAGAAUUAGGUCAUGGGUUGGCAUUGUGCAAGGAAAUGACUGUUAUUUGCUUGCUUGCUGCUUUUUUAUCUUUCUUUAUAGACAGAAUAAGUUUACAUAAAAAGAGGAGAGGAGGAGACAGAGAGACCAGCCUUACAAACAGGCUUACAAACAGGAAGAGAAGUGGAGGGAAAAGGUAAAGGCAGCUGUGGCUCAGUAUUUCACAGCUGGAACAAAGCGCUGAGAUAUAAGCAUUUAAAGCUGAGCUUCCCUUAGGUAAAGGUACCCCUGACUGUUAGGUCCAGUCGUGACUGACUCUGGGGUUGCGGCGCUCAUCUCGCUUUAUUGGCCGAGGGAGCCGGCGUACAGCUUCCAGAUCAUGUGGCCAGCAUGACUAAGCUGCUUCUGGCGAACCAGGGCAGCGCACAGAAAUGCCUUUUACUUUCCUGCCUAUUUAUCUACUUGCACUUUGAUGUGCUUUCAAACUGCUAGGUGGGCAGGAGCUGGGACCGAACAACGGGAGCUCACCCCGUCACGGGGAUUCGAACUGCCGACCUUCUGAUCGGCAAGCCCUAGGCUCUGUGGCUUAGACCACAGCGCCACCCGCGUCCCGAGCUUCUCUUAGGAACACAGAAAACAGCCUUACACCAUCAGAUAAUUGAUCACUCUAGCUCAGCCUUGUCAACACUUUGAAGAUGCUCAAAUUCAGAAUGAAAGGGAGAAACGUGCUAAGAGGAAGGCACAUUUGGCAAACGCUCACCGUGAUCAACUCCUGCCUGGAAACCUAUGUCCUUACUGUGGAAGGAUGUGUGGAUCCAUAAUUUGGCCUCCACUCACUUACGGACUCACUGUUAAGACUGUUUCAUGCAAGACAAUCUUUUCUUUUUUUAAAAAUAAUAUUUUUAUUCAUUUUCCACAAAAGAAAAAAAAACAAAAAACCAUUUUUAUACAAUCAAUUCACAUUUUAUCACACAUUCAUCUCUUUUUUGGACUUCCCUCAGCUCCUCUGCCAAUCAUUCGUUUGCAUCAAUAUUAUUAACGCAUUUCUUAACUUAGUAUUGCCUUUAGAUAUCUCCUUCCCUCCUCUUAUUUUCUUUUUAACAAUAUUCCUCUGUUUUUCACAGUCUCUUGAAAGCCAACAAACAUUAUCUGUUCAUCACAUAUGCCUUUCAGAUAAUCUGUAAAUCUUCCCCAGUCCUCGAUGAACUUUUGGUCUCGUUGAUACCGAAUCUUCCCUGUUAGUUUGUCCAAUUCUGCAUAAUCAGUCAAUUUCAGUCUCCAUUCUUCCACUGUCGGUAAUUCUUCCUGUUUCCAUUUUUGGGCCAGAAGUAUUCUCGCUGCUGUAACUGCGUAUUGAAAAAGUUUACAGUCUUUCUUACUUACCUACCAAUCCCAAUAAGAAGGCCUCCGGUUUCUUAAUAAACGUAUAUUUCAACAUCUUUUUCAAUUCAUUAUAUAUCAUUUCCCAGAAGCCUCUCACCUUUUUACACUCCCACCACAUAUAAUAGAAUGUCCCUUCUUUUUCUUUACAUUUCCAACACUUAUUACAUGUUUUGUACAUUUUAGCUAGUUUUACUGGCGUUAUAUACCAUCUAUAUACCAUUUUCAUCACAUUUUCCUUUAACGCAGUACAUGCCGUAAAUUUUAGUCUUUCAUUCCAUAAUUUUGACCAUUCAUCAUAUUGUAUAUUAUAACCAAAAUCUCUGGCCCAAUGUAUCAUUACCGAUUUAACCUCUUCAUCUUUUGUGUCUCCAGCAACAUUUUAUACAUUUUAGACAAAUUUUUAUACUCAUUAUUCAAUAUCUCUAGUUGAAAUUUUGAUUCUUUUUUUCCAUAUCCAUACAUUUUACAGUCUUUUUUAAACAUUUCACAGACCUGAUAGUAAUGCAACCAAUCAUAGACAAAUUCUUUUACUUCUUCAUAGGGUUUCAUUUUCCAUUUCCCCCCUUCUUUAACUGUCAAUUCUCCAUAUGUUAUCCACCUCCCCCUCAUAUUGAUCUUUUUUACGCUCAUCACUUCUAAGGGUGAAAUCCAGUGGGGGAGUUUAAAUUCCAACAAAUUUUUAUACCUGUCCCAUACAUUUAUUAACGACCUUCGGAAGAUGUGGUUUUCAAACCCUUUAUGAAUUUUCUUCUUUUCAUACCAUAUAUAGGCGUGCCAACCAAAUCUAUUAUCAAACCCUUCCAGAUCCAACAAUUCUCCAUUUUCUAAUUUAAUCCACUCCUUUAACCAGCAUAAGCAAGAUGCUUCAUAAUAUAGUUUCAAAUCUGGCAAGGCGAAGCCCCAUCUUUCCUUCGCAUCUGUUAGUAACUUAAACUGCAUCCUUGGCUUCUUGCCCUGCCAGAUAUACCUUGAUAUUAUCUUUUGUCAUUCUUUAAAUAUUGAUGUCCCCUUCAUGCAAGACAAUCUUACUCCACUACAAGUGAUCGCCAAAGAAGUAUCAGCAGCCGCAGUUUUCCAGGGUUUGAGGUGUGAGUCCUUCCUAACUGUCAUGCAUUGAACCUGGGGCCUUCUGCAUGUACCUACCACUGAGUAUGGCCCUUCCAUCCAGUCCUACCUUUGGUACUUGCAUUUUAAAUAGCCACCUCUGGCUGCUCUGCCUUCCCUGUUCUGCAGUAUAUCCUUGUUGGGGGACACACUGCUUUGCUCCAUUAUUGGACAGAGGCUUCACUAAGCAGAGCUUUUAGUUACGUUUGUUUGGGGUUGUACAGAUGUCUGUCUUUCUUUCAUCACUCCAUCCUAUAACUGAAUUACAUGCUAAAAUGACUCUGGGAUAAGGGAAUCAGUGGAAAUUGUUGCUUCAGAUUGAUGGUCCACCACUGACAGAACACUCAUGAUGCAAUAUAAGCAGAAUACAAGCAGUAUCACUUGGAACACCAUGCCAAGAUUCUUCAUAUCUCAGAGUCCAGUGAGGAAGAUGCCACAUAAACACAACUAGAUUCAAAUGACAUCAUUACCAGGCUACAGUAUUAUUUUUGCAGGCCUGGUUUCCAGCAGCUUGAUCUGCUAACCAAUUAAGCCAGAGUGCUUGGAACAAAGCCAGCAGAGUCAAUUAGCUUAACCAAAGACCUGGACUUAAGCUGCUCUGUAAAUCAUCUUGUUCAAGUUUCACAAAAUAAUGCAGCCCCUUUGUGGUCGCAAGAUAUCGGGCCAAGCUUUCAAUAGAUGAGGUUCAUUACCAAAGCACAACAGUACAGGAAUGUGAAAUGCAUGUAUGAAGAAAGAGGAAACUCGUAGCAGAACCUGCGUUCUCCUUGAGCUGACCUGCCUGAAUUCACUGCACUACUUGCUUGGGCCUUAAAGCAAUUCCCUUUCCCUUGCGUAUCUGUGAGAUGAACUCACAGCACCUCCCAGAAUUGUGCUUUCCAACUGCCACUAUCUUCUUCCUCUUCUUGUUAUGUUUUUGCAGCAAUCUUGGUUGAAACUGUUUCAUAAGAUAUUUCCUGUUGAUUUGUUUGCUUGAGUAUUUUGACCAUUUUCAUUCAGAGGAUCUAGAGCGGAUGAAGUCCUGGAAUGUCAAAACCUGUAUUGUUGCCCUCGACAAAAGUUGAGGCGAGGUUGGGGGAAGGCAGGCCUCUAAAUUCCUUCCUAGUAGCAAUGACAAGAUGCCCAUUGCCAUGCCCCAUCUCACCGGCUGCUCAGGGGUGCAUGAAUAGGGUUGCCAGACCUCCAGGGCUGACAUGAAGUCUCUAGGCUUGCCAGGUCCCCUCAAGGCAGCAGAGGGAGGACUUGUGCCUUGCAAGCAUCAUCCUGGCAGGAGCUGGUUGCAAAUUAUUUCAUUGACUCUCUCAUGAGUCUUCCUACCUUCUCUCUCCCAAUUAACCUGUCUCCAAGGCUCAGUGGUGGGAGUGCAGAGGAAGGAUCACGAGGUACCACUCCCCAUGACACCCACAAGGGACAUCCCAAAAUCUCAGGGUUAGGCACUGAAAUCUCAGGGUCUGGGGUGCUCCUGACCUGGAAGCCCCAACAAGAAGAGGUGUGUACAGAGUUCUGUAAGCACAGCACAGUUGGAAAUGAAAGCUAACAAUCUCAUUGGUAGGAUGGAUACAGUUCUUGUGUAGCAGUUUGUGUUGGGUUAUGAGCCAAAUAGGAAAUAAAACUGGCCUUUUCUCACUUGUAUUUUCAGACCAACUACAAGAAAGGGGGGAAAUAUGGGUUCUUUCCCCCUCUGCUAUGUUGCGGCCACCAGCUCUGGGGAAGUUGUACUGAAAUGUCCACUGCAGGAUAGCAGCAAACCAUUGUGA